AUGCAAUCUCCCGAAGCUUCGCUCAAGAGGAAGCCGGCAGCUUCCGCUGUCUCGAAUCCCACCAAGACUGUCAGGCGUUCAGUCACUCCCGUGUCCGACGAUGAAGGCGACGUAUCCGGCAGGCUCGGCCCAGGGGAAGGCGGCGAUGCUGGAAAUGAGCCUAGCGUCACCAAACGGACACUGCAAAACCGCAAGGCUCAGCGCGAGUUUCGCAAACGACGCGAAGCCCGCGUACGAGACCUCGAGGAACGAUGCCGUCGCUUCGACCAGAUGGGGCUUGAGGCCAAUGCCGAGCUUCAGCGGAUAGCGAGGCGACUCAAGGACGAAAACGAGGCUCUUCGCGGCUUGCUCGUGCGACUCGGAUUUGCCAACAUGAUCCCACGAGCGAUCGAACAGUGCAGCACGCCCAAUCGCGAGGGCUACCUUGGCCAAGCGUACACCUCCGCGGGUCACGCAUCCGGCAGUCAUAACAACAACAACACUGCGCACCCCGGCGCUUCCUUCGUCGCGCCGCAUCCUUCCACAACUGGCGUAGCGAUGCCGAGCGACCUCGAUCUCAAUCUCAACAUGAACCUCAACGUGAUGGAUGUUGGCAUGGGCAACAGGAGCACUACGUUGACUUCACACCAGGACUCCGUGAAUGCUGCUGGUCACAGUGCGCAGAGACAACACUCUGCCAGCACCUCUCGUGGCAACGCAAAGGAUUCCGCAGUCUCGCCGUCGGGACUCUCCGUCUGCCAUUUCGACUGGCAAAUUAGCAACCCGAACGCAUACAUCACAGACGCAUUCCGCGGCAACCAAGAGACGGGCGGCAAUCAGACUCGACCUGGGCUUAGCCAAGUGAAGUCGCGCCAACGAUCACAAUCUUCAGUGCCUCAAAUCAUCAACAUUGACGGAGCUCAGCGUGGAAAUGCGCGUCACUCGCCAUCAGCUAUCAGCGAUGGAGCAGACGGCGCAAACAACGCUCGACCAAAGAGUCCUUUGCUGUCGCUCCGCGGCUUGUCGGGUACGCAAGCGUCCGCAAACGCCCAAGAGAAGCAGCAGCAAAAUGCGGAUGUGGUCUACGAGCCGGCCGGCUCCAGCUUGGGGGGUUUCGGUGGCUCCGGUACUGGCGGCAGCGCGAUGCUUGGUCUCCCGCCUUCUGCGUCUCAACAAUUCUCGACGGCCACAACAGCUAACAUCGCUGGGAACAUGCCCACGAACUCUUCGAGCUCCCUGUUCCCAUUUCCCCAAAGGACUUAUCAGAACGAUGCUUUGCUCAAUCCCAACCCUAUCCCGUUCGCAUUCAAUCUCUCUAGCAACGCGUCGCACUCUCCUCCUGAUCAGUCCUGGUGGGACGCCAUGUGCGGCGGAGGUAUGCUCACACCUGGCCAAGAUCCCACUGCCCUUGAUGAGAAAGCACAAGUCGUCGCUGCAGCCCAACAGCAGUCGAACUCUGACAGGAGUAGCGGAGGGCCAAGCGGCAUCUUCGGUGGCACCCCGAUCGAUUUUUCAGCUUUCCUUUCUGGUGGUUUCACUCCAACUGGGACAUUUGGUGCUCAGAAUUUCGAUGGUAGCCAGGCUAACGACGUAUCGCGCUUGUCAAAUCAACGGUCAAACGCAGUUUCUAUGGAGAAGAAAUUGUCGGCCUCGCCGUCGAUGCCGCCUCCCAUGCCACCGACCGCACAUGCUCAGAUGUUUUUGCGCUUGCUCGAACGCAAGCUCGCCUCGCGAGAUUUUAGCCCGUACGCAUCUUUGGGCUUCCAACCGCCAAGCAUGUACCAGGACAACUCGGCAACGCAUCAGACGAAAGAUGCAGGCACGAAGUCAGGCUCGAGCAUGUGGCGCAUACCGAGUUCGACUGAUCGCACCAAGGCUACCACGAUCUGGAGAGCGCCGGGGCACGGCUCCUCGCCGCUGGCACAGAGCAGCAGCGCUGCCUCGAUGACACCUAGCAGCGUCUACUCUCGAUUGUCGCAGCAUCCAGCCUUCUUGAGGACGAGCGAGAAGGAGUUGGAAGAGCUUGUGGACGCCCUCGAGCCUAGGCAUUCUAGCGGUUCUCCUUCUUCGGGCCGCUCUGCGAGCACGGCCGACCGUUCGGCCCAGUCGUUGGAAAGACGUUCAAGCUCGCAAAGCUCCAACAGGUCGUCAGACGACUUCUUUACAAACGCUACCAGGCAAAAAGAUGCGGUGGCAGCCACCCAGGCGCGUGGCCAGGCUCCGAACACCGGCAGACCUCCUGUGGCAGCCGGUGCACGCAAAGCGCCCCAACCACCUGAAAGCGGCGCUGCGCGAUCACCGCACAGCAGCGCAAUGGAGUUGGAUGAGAAUGCAGUCACUCAAAUACUCGACAUGCUCGACGCCAAACGAGGAGGCAAUCAAGCGCAGUCUAGUCACCGUGACGCGUCAGACUCGAACGCCCCUAGCAUGAUGGCCACAUGA